AUGCGCAAGGAGCACACGGCAGCAGCUCAUCUAAUGGCCGACAAAGUUGACCAGAUGACAAUUGCCGAUCCAAUCCUACGGCUUCAUCGAGUCCGUGAGGUCCGAGCAGAUGACGCGGCCGACCCUGUCGACUGGCACUUUAGCGCCGCUGUCGCGCUGCGACUGUGCGUUCGCGCCUGCUUGCUCUCAAGGCACGACACUCACGUGAUGAUGUUGUUGCUGUACAUUCAGAUUCCCGAUGCCUAG